GAGUGGCUGUGAACCUGCUUCAGAGCACUUCAGUCCAGCCGAUGUGGAGGUGAAUGUGGCUGGGAGACACUUUCUGGGCAAUGGUGCAAACAGUGGCAUUGGUAAAGCCGCUGGCAGAGACAGCAAGGAGAGGGGUGGCACGGUUCACCUGGGCUGCAGAAGUAAGGCGUGAGCUGAGGUCGUUAGAGGAGAAAUAGUGACAGGAACGGGCAAUCAGAAUAUGUUUUUGCAUAUUGUGGAUAUAUCUAAUCCCAAGGAAGUCUGGAAGUUUGCUGAAAAAUUCAAAAAUGAACAUAGUACUUUCAUUCUGACAACUGCUCUGCUGCCCCUCCUGGAAAAAGCAGCUGGUGCCAGAGUGAUAACUGCCUCUUCUGGGGCCAUGCUAGUUCAAAACCUAAACAAAUCUGACUUGCAGCUGGGAAAUGGGACAUUUGAUGGAACUAUGGUGUAUGCACAAAAGAAGUCUGGCUAUUUUUGCUGUGUCCUGACAGAACAAUGGGCAAAAGCUCAUGGGAACAUCCAUUUCUCUGUUAUGCACCCCAGCUGCGCAGACACUCCAGCUGACGUCUUUGCGCAGUCCAACCAUUUCUAUUAGAAUAUGAAGAAUAACCUGUGCACAGAGGCCCACAGAGCUGAUACUGUUGUGUGGUUGGCAGUGUCGCCAGAAGCAAUGAAUUUAUUGAGCGAUGUAUUCUUCUCAGACAGGCAACCAGCCUCUACACACUUACCCCUGGCAAGCACUCACAGUCCACUGGAAGAUGAGGAGAAGCUAAUGGAGGUGCUGGAACAGUUCUCCCAGAAGUUUAAAUCCACUCCUGCAGGAACUUAG